ACCUCAAUCUUUUUCUUUGACUACAAAACCCUAUUCUCUCAUCCCACUCCACUUUUUUUUCUUUGAUCAUUUGCACUUUAAGAAGCAUAUACUCAAAUCCAUCCAUCCAUCCCUUUCCCUCUCUUCCAAUCCUCAACCCCUUUCUUUUCAGCCCACUUUUCAAAAAGAUGUCCUCCCUCUCUCACCAUCACCACCACCACCAUCACCACCCUCACCAACUACAAUAAUUACUAAAACAUUAUCGUCGACUUAAGCCCUAAAUAUUCCCUUUCUUAUUUUUUUCUGCACAAUUUCAAUCCCCCAAUUCCAUAAAUCUAGGUUUUAAUAAUUUCAUCCAAAACCAAAACCCAAAAUGUUCUCCUCUCCUUUAAUCCCAGCCUUGUCUCUACUCAUAUUUCUCCCUCUCCUCUUUCUCAUCGCCCCAAGAAUCCUCCUCCUCACAGACCUUCAAAUCUCACUGUCUCCAGAUGAGCUUGACGACGUCGCUUUGUUCCACAAAGCCAUACUUGCUUCUUCCUCUCAUCAUCAUCGUACAUCUUCUUCCUCUAUCUCCCACUUGGGCACCACCACAAACCCUAAACCCAAAAUCGCCUUCCUCUUCCUCACAAACUCAGACCUCUCUUUUGCCCCUUUAUGGGAGAAGUUCUUCCAUGGCCACCAACACCUCUUCAACAUCUACAUCCAUGCCGAUCCAACGGUCCAGAUCACUCCUCCCGGCGGCGUAUUCGAAGGCCGCUUCGUCCGGGCAAAGAAGACCGAGCGGGGCUCCCCCACGCUCGUCUCCGCGGCGCGUAGACUCCUCGCCAACGCCAUUCUGGACGAUCCAUUAAACCUAUACUUUGCCCUAGUGUCCCAACACUGUAUCCCACUGCACUCUUUUCCCUUCGUCUACAAAACCCUCUUUGGCAGCGAACUCGCCGCUUUAAGAGAUUUUGCCACCCAAUCAAAUCACCAAAGUUUCAUCGAAAUCCUCUCCGAUGAUCCCAACCUCCCCGAGCGCUACGUUGCUCGGGGAGACAAUGUGAUGCUCCCGGAAGUGCCUUUCGAGCAAUUCAGGGUUGGAUCUCAGUUUUAUAUCUUGACCAAGCGGCACUCGUUGCUCGUGAUCCAGGACAAGAGACUUUGGAGGAAAUUUAAGCUCCCUUGCUUGAACGUCUACUCUUGCUACCCUGAGGAGCAUUACUUCCCAACACUUCUGUCCAUGGAGGACCCCAAAGGUUGUAGCCACUACACACUUACUAGAGUGAAUUGGACUGACAGUACGGACGGGCAUCCCUACACAUAUGAGGCUCCUGAAAUUUCUGCACAGCUCGUGCAUAACUUGAGGAAGUCCAAUUCAAGCUAUUCCUACUUGUUUGCGAGGAAAUUCUCUCCCGAUUGCUUGAGGCCCUUGAUGAAAUUAGCAAGUCGUGUCAUAUUUCGAGAUUGAGGCAAAGCCAAUCCAAUUUGUGUUUAUAAUUAACGUAGGUGAUUAACAGCUCAGGUAAAUGUCCUAACCCUUUAGAAAUUUGAUUGGGAGAAGUGUUUAUAGCAAACUUGUGUAAUGGCAAGUAGGGGCUAAUCCUUUUAGUCACUCAUGUUUCAAUGAUCAAAUUGCGCGUUAAUGAUCCUUUUAGUUUAGACUAUUGCUUGUGCUAAAAAAAAUUAAUUUUAGUGAUUAAACUCGUGUUGACUAAUACCAUUUUCAUGAGUGAUUGAAAAGAGAAAGUUACUAAUUGUUUGUAGUUUAGUGACCACUAUUUGGGGAUGAUGACCACGGAAUAGAUUUGUAACCAGCUUCUAGGGACCACCAGUAUUUAGACAUUAGUUGCGUUGUGUGACCAAAAUUGUUACUUUCUAUGACGAAUAUGCUGAUAUUUAAUAAAUGUUUCUCGUAGUCUCCAUUUGUUUGUUUCGUACAA